AGUAAGUAGGGGAUCAGCUAUUGUAUAAAUAUCCCAUCGGGCUAUGGGUACUUAUCAGUUUGGUUAGUGCAUCGCUAUCAGCGUUAUCAGCAUGAACACGAUCGCAGUUCUGGCAGCACUGUGUCUGGUGUCUGCGUGUCUCGCCAGACCACAGGGAAGCAACACGACGCCCAUUCCCAUCAUUUCAUACGUCAACGAAGGCGUCAAUUUUGAUGGAUCAUACAAAUGGAGCUAUGAGACAGCCAAUGAGAUCCAAGCUCAGGAGGAAGGUUACGUGAAGAAUCUCGGAAAUCCUGAACAGGAAACCCAGUUCGCUCAAGGUGGGUACCAAUACACGGCUCCAGAUGGCACUCGUAUCAGCCUCACCUACACUGCUGACGAGAACGGCUUCGUCCCACAAGGAGCCCACCUUCCAACACCACCCCCAAUCCCUGAGGCCAUCCAGAGGGCACUGGAAUACAUCGCUGCACACCCAGAAGAGAACGAAGCGGGAGAUGGCAGUGAACCUCAACCGGCCUACAAGCCGGCCGGCAGACAAUACUGAGCCAUGGAACCAUCUGUGGGUUUCUAUGGUAAUUUCUGAAGAUUCAAAGAUUCCUUAUUGGGUUCUGUUCAUUAUAUACUAAUAAAAAUCAAAGGAAGUUAACAAUUUUAGUGACAAAAUAUGUUGUACCUCUUAGCUAACUCUAGAAGCUGCGGUUUCAGUUCUUACAGAGUUCAGUCGAAAUUUUCGACAACUGGCACUUGUAGGGUUAAUAAGCAACAUCUCAUUGUAAAAUUUUACAGCUGUUGUCCAUAGGCGACAUAUUUAUUCAUUUUCAUAAUUAUUAUCAUAAUUAACAAAUCUUUUCGUAUGAUUAGGUAAAGACCGACGCCCAAAUGUUGAAAGUAUAUCUUCAGGUUUUGACGUAAGAAACAUAAUUUAGUUUGUUUUUCUUUGAAAGGAAGUGAUGUAAGAUAAUUCUGGCAAAGUGCAAUGCUUACAACAUAUAAUUUGUUACGAAUCGAGCACCGCAGACAAUAACUUUGGCGACACUGUAUCAUACCACUCAUCUGCGAACGACUCCGCUCUAUCAUUCAUAACUUCACAACUAAUUUGACACAUGUCUGCAUAUUUCUAAUAAAAAUCUGAAUCAUAAUUUUAUAAUAAUGAAAUAAACCUACCAAAUUUCGUGACAUACUUUAUUUAGUGGUAGGAACCUAAAUACACCAAGAAUUUUGGUAAAUGCUCACAGUUAGUGCUAACAGCUCUCAAUACGUGGUUUCAUUAUGAAGAUAUGUCACUGUAUUGAGUGGGUUUAUGCUCUAUAUCGGACACCUAGCCAAAGUUUCUGUCCAUAGAAAUGUAGUAUAUGUGAACAAUUAUUUAUGAGUGGCAAAAUAACAGGUGGAAAAAUAUAUAUAUACACUAAAGAAGAAUACAAGAAAAGGAAAUAUGUAAAUAUAGGGCCUCUGUGUGAUGCGCCACAUGUACAGCGUGUUCAUAAAGCCCCUCUAAAGUUUAUUAUUGUAUAGAUCACAUGAAAUAUCAAUAGGUCCAUAUUGUUAAAUUUUCUUCCAAACUCCUCCCUAAUAGAACUUCUGGGUUCGAAGUGAUAGUACUAAUACAUAUUCUUGUGUAGAGGCUGUUCAUUACUAAUUAUGUCUCACGGAAAGAAAUAAGAGUUAAAAUUAUUUUAAUAUAUUAGACAAGGAUAUUAUGAACACCCUGUAUUACUAUGACGUAACUUGCCACACUAUGGCCAAGGUUUCGUAUUUAUAGUUUAAUUGUUUGCAAUUCGUGUUCAUACACGUACAGAGUUUCCGCACUAUGUUUACAUAAAUAUAUUUAUGUAUACAAGAUGUAUGUAAAAAGUUAUUAGGUAAUAAACUAAGAAAACGUUUUAUACAGAAAGAAAAA